CCCCAUCCUCCGCCCUUGUAUUAUUCGAAGGGGCAGCAGUGAACUCAGCAUGAUGUAAUCUAGAGAUGCGAUAGCCUGGCAAGGUGAAACAGGGUUUUGGUGAGUGGUGUUAUCCACGGCCUGCGUUGCCCACAGAGAGAGGGAGGCGCGGGGCUGCAAAACAUGGUAAUCAUCACCGCCACCAUCUCAAGCACUGCCACGCGCACUCCCAUUUCUACUCCUCUGCAUUGGGGCUGUCGUCUCAUGCCCAGACCCCUGAUCAGCUUUCCAAAAAUAAUCCUCUGCCAGCAUGCCGAAGGAAGAAAAACAAGAAGAGUGGUAUUUUUAGGGCCAUUCAUUUUGACCACGUGCCCCGAAGGUAAACCGGAUGGCCAUUGCGCAAAGGUUCCUCAUCAGUAUGUCCUACGAGGCCAGCACGCACUGGACGUUGACUGCGAUUGUUCUCUUGGGGUUCAUAGUAGGGAUUGUGUCAUCAUAUCCUAUUCCGAGCAGGACAAAUGCAACGUUAUUGGAGAAAAGAUGGGAGACCCUCUUCUCCCGCUCCAUUCUGGGCAUCUCGGGGGAGAAAUCGGACCUGAACUGGGAGAGUGACUAUUUGCUAGGUAUCAAAAGAGUCCGGAGGCUCUACUGCAACGCGGGUAUCGGGUUUCACCUCCAGGUCCUCCCAGACGGGAGGAUAAAUGGUGUACAUAAUGAAAACCAGUACAGUCUAAUAGAGAUCUCAACGGUAGAGCGAGGAGUGGUUAGCUUGUAUGGGGUAAGGAGUGAGCUGUUUGUCGCAAUGAAUAGCCGAGGAAGGUUAUACGGAACGACAGUCUUCCAUGAUGAGUGCAAGUUCAGAGAGAGCAUGCUGCCAAACAACUACAACGCCUAUGAGUCUUCCGUUUACAGAGGCUCCUACAUUGCUCUCAACAAGCAUGGCCGUCUGAAGAGAGGCAAAAAGGCCACCACUGCCAUGACUGUCACACACUUCCUCCCCAGAAUAUGAGCAAAACUGGCAAUAACUCACUUAUUUGCACAUGUGGAUUGUUUUCCAGGUAACAUUAUACUGUAUACACGCAUACACCAAUACAAAUGGACUGCAAAAGAAAGAAAUACCACUAUAUAUGAUGGUAUUUAUUCAGUCUUUUAUAUGUACAUUUCGAUAGCUUACUUUGUUUUACAACUUAUGGAUAUGCCAUUAUUUGCUGCUUGUUAUUUUAAUGAGUAUUAUAUAAGGUGUGGAGAAGCUUCGUCUGUCCCCUCCACUUGAUAUGGGUGCUUGCCAUAUCUGGUGGAGACCUUGCCCUGUCAGUGGAUGACAGCUCAGCCUCUAGAAGUGAAAUGGAUACUUUUCAUUACCUCAAAGCGCCACGUCACCGAAUGGAAAAAAAAUGUGUGCAUGAAAUUUCUACUGAGAAGAAUGCCUGUUUACUUUGAACUUUUGUCGUUAUCAAUCAAGGACUAGACAUUUUCCAUCCUCUGUGUCAACAUUAUACCAUUGUAUAGUAAGGGUAACUAGAGCACUUGUUUGUUUCCUUGCUUUGUGAUGAGAUGGUGUGUGCCUUUGAUUCCUACUUGAGAGCCCCUUCCCUUGCAUGCGAGAAAUGUGCCCCUCAGUCAGAAAUAGGGAUGACACGCAGGUCAUCACUAACCUCAUACACUCCAGGGGGCUUUAGCCCGAUUCCUAAAGGCCCACAAGUAUCCUCCGUUUCUUUUCUUUUCUUUUCAGAAUAACGUCAAUCAAGUAAUUGAGACUCUAAUUGAGACUCUUGUGUCUGAGCUCAAAGCCAUUGAUGUGGAAAGCUAGAGCUGGAGACCCACCAUCCUAGGGGGCUUGACAAUCCUGGCUUUUAUGAGGCUAGAUUUUAUGAGGCUAGAUGGUUUUAUGAGGCUAAGUGUAUGAUGGCUUGAUGGUCAGACCAGAUUGAAAUGUGUGUAUGUGCCUGGUCUUGGACUAAAGGGAGCCUGCUGUACAAAUCAAACAGUUUGAUUCCUUUUGAAACUGAUGAGGGUUGAAACCUUAACUUGUGCGCUGGUUCGAUGUCUGUUGUUGCACUUACAGUAUCUCCAUUUCUGCAGUAAAUGUUGAGCUGCAGAAAUGGUGCUUGUUUUCACAUUCACUCUGGAAAUGAGGUUCAGCUACAUUCGUUUGAAGUAAUGCCAAUAUUACAUUGACAUUUUUUUUGAGGGAUGUUGCUUAUUUCACGCAACUGAGAUUUGCUAACAAUAUUUCAGGUAGCUAGUGCAAUCUGUAUUUUACAUAUAAUAUCUGAUAGUUAGAUCAUAACGAUUGUACUCAUAGGUACCUGUUUCUCUCUUUCAUCGCUUAUAGCAGUUGUUAAGUUGUAGGUCUUGUGUGAAAGAAAAACAGAAGCAAUGUCUCAAAGCAUUUCCCGAAAGGCUUUACAGUAGUGAUGUUUGGGCUUUGUGCAUUGAAGUCAAUGCUUACUUGCUCUCCUCCUCGAAUACUGUACGUUUCCAUAGUGGAGCGAUAAACCCAUACAGUGCUGUACUGACAUAAAGAAGAGUACUUAUAUGGGACUGUGCAUGUGGUACCCAUUGUUCUUUUAACCUGCUAAGGAUGCAGAUCAUUUUGGACAGGCUACUCCCCAAAUACCCGAGCAGACCCCCCUUGUCCAGUGGACACUGUAAAAGCCUUUGUUCAACAAUGGCCAUGAGAUUCCAGAAGUAUCCUUCCUCUCCCAUCCGGAGCCAUUUUAGUCCAAGGUCAGAGUCAUAGACUUCUUUCACUGUGUCUAGCUAGGCACGUGAUGUUCAGGUUGACCCGGGGUUGACCCGGAUCUCUUUUCCCCUUUGACCUACAUUCGCUCUGUUAUUCCUUUAUUUAUUCGUGGUUGAUAUGUAGCUCGAAGAAAACCUUGCAUGAAUGACAUACAGUGAUUGUUUAGGUGUAAGUGGUUUGAUGAUUCUGUACCUCUCUUUGACUGGUGGGCCAUGAGCAUGGACUUAUUGGGAACGGAGUGACAGAAUCUGAUUUAAAGACGGUUUAUCUUUGGUUAUUACAGUGCUAUAGGUAUGUUUGGUGCGUCAGAGUAAAAUGCAUAAGAUGUUGUCAUCGUUUACCUCUUUUACAUUUACACCAGUUCAAUUCUCAUUCCAACACAGCAUUCAUCGGUAGCCAACUGUCAAAUGGAUUUGAGCUGGUGCUUACCUUCCCCCAAGUACUUGUAGUAGGAAGAGACAGGCUGCGGGCUCGAUGCAGUGUCUAGUUGAGAUGGAACACAGAAUGCAUCCAUGUGUACACCCAUCAUACUCUGUAUCUGCCACAGCAAAAGAGAAAGCAGACGUGUUAUCAGAUCAAUUUACCUUGAGUCAGGAAUGAAAUGGAAUUGUCCUGCUGUGCAGUGCUCGCAAAGCACUACUUCCAAGGAAGAUGGUAUACAAGGCAGAUGGUAUACAAGGCGGAUGGUAUACAAGGCGGAUGGUAUACAAGGCGGAUGGUAUACAAGGCGGAUGGUAUACAAGGCAAAUGGUAUACAAGGCGGAUGGUAUACAAGGCGGAUGGUAUACAAGGCGGAUGGUAUACAAGGCGGAUGGUAUACAAGGCGGAUGGUAUACAAGGCGGAUGGUAUACAAGGCGGAUGGUAUACAAGGCGGAUGGUAUACAAGGCGGAUGGUAUACAAGGCAAAUGGUAUACAAGGCGGAUGGUAUACAAGGCGGAUGGUAUACAAGGCGGAUGGUAUACAAGGCGGAUGGUAUACAAGGCAGAUGGCAAACAAAGAGGAUGGCAAACAAAGAGGAAGGCAGACAAUGAAAAUAUGUAACACAAAGGCUGUUUUGGAUGUGGGCCAUUAUGGAGUUUUGUUCAGUCUUCCAAGUAGAGUUAUCUCUACAGAUAGCACCAGAUCAAGCCUACCUAUAUUGUCACAAUGUAACUGAAAAAUGUCUUGAGAAUGAUCUAUUCAGGAUUGUGGAAUGAAUGAAAACGAGCUUUUCUACCACUUUGCAUGUGUCUUUCUGGGAUGACGUAGCAGGAUUCAUGGUUUCAUUUCAUCUGGGUGGUGCAACAACAUCCUAUUGUAUUUAUCAUUCAUAUUUUUGGGGCCGGUCUAUAUGGACAACAGGACACUAUCUGGACAACCUUGAGAUUUUGUAUGAAAAGCGCUAUAUAAAAUAAAUCUAUUAUUAUUAUUAACAAGCAAAUACAUGAACUGAAAUAGAGAUAUUUGGAAGUGUGAGAAUUGUGCCUCAGUCAAAAAUGGUUUCUUAUGUCAGAAAGAGCACCUAGUUUAGUGUACACCUGUUAGACCUUCACACAAGUCUUUGUACUAAAUGCAUUAAAGCUGCCCAAAGAGUGUUAGAUACGCAAAUGGUGUUGAAGCCUGCAGUAGCUUACAAUGCAAUCCAUUGUGGGCUCUCCAACGUGUGCAAAUGGUGUUCAAGCCUGCAGUAGCUUACAAUGCAAUCCAUUGUGGGCUCUCCAACGUGUGCAAAUGGUGUUGAAGCCUGCAGUAGCUUACAAUGCAAUCCAUUGUGGGCUCUCCAACGUGUGCAAAUGGUGUUGAAGCCUGCAGUAGCUUACAAUGCAAUCCAUUGUGGGCUCUCCAACGUGUGCAAAGGGUGUUGAAGCCUGCAGUAGCUUACAAUGCAAUCCAUUGUGGGCUCUCCAACGUGUGCAAAUGGUGUUGAAGCCUGCAGUAGCUAACAAUGCAAUCCAUUGUGGGCUCUCCAACGUGUGCAAAUGGUGUUCAAGCCUGCAGUAGCUUACAAUGCAAUCCAUUGUGGGCUCUCCAACGUGUGCAAAUGGUGUUCAAGCCUGCAGUAGCUUACAAUGCAAUCCAUUGUGGGCUCUCCAACGUGUGCAAAGGGUGUUCAAGCCUGCAGUAGCUUACAAUGCAAUCCAUUGUGGGCUCUCCAACGUGUGCAAAUGGUGUUGAAGCCUGCAGUAGCUUACAAUGCAAUCCAUUGUGGGCUCUCCAACGUGUGCAAAGGUGGCGGUAGCGAGUCUGUGUGUGCCCUGUGUGUCUGCAGCCUUAGUUUGUGUUCUCAGUUUUAUAGUCCUGUACUGAGGGGAGUGUGCAUCCUCUAAAUCCCCCUCGUCUUUUUUUAACAUAUACCUUACCUUCUGCCUUAGUUCCGAUUUAUUGAAAUGAUUGUAAAUUAGUUUGAAAAACAGACUUCUCCAAUCAUUUGUUUCUGGGGGGGAAAAGCAUAUGUUGACGAGUAAGAAUACUAAUAUAUCAAAAAUGGCUUUCCUUUUAUUUUUGUACGUAUGUGCUGUGCACAACAGUCAACUGUAUCCCUGCAAUAAUAAUAAAACAUGUUUU